UCCGGCAAAUCAGAAUCUAAUUGCAAAAUCAGUCGUUCGAACGUUUACAUUGCCACGAAUGGCGAAAUCGCGACAGAACCGCGGUGCGAAAUAAUCAGCAUCAUGCCCGUUCGCUAACAUCCAAUGAUUUAGUCAAUCAGCAGCGGUCGUCUAUCAUAGACGUGUACGGGAUACGCGUUUGGUCAGUUUCGACAUUGUGGUUCCUCUCGGUUUCAACUUGAUAUUCGCGAUUCUCGGCCCAAACAUCCAACCCACUCAUCAAUCAAUCAACCAAUCAUGGCGUUCAAUAAAGACGAAAUGCACGCUCCCGAGUGGAUGGACAAUGCGUUUUUCGAGAAGGUCCUCAAACAGUCGGAAAACGAUUCAGGUCUGACGGUUAGCGAGAACAAGAUAAUCCCGGGCACCAAGCCGGGAGAUCAUUUCGCGAGUAUCAUUUUCCGAGUUACCGUCAGCUACACCAGCCGGGGAAAGGACCAUGAAGUGUCCCUCAUCAUCAAGACGAUUCCCGAGCAGGAGGGACUCAAGCGAGACCUCCUCAAAGGCGGUGAGAUCUUCGAAACGGAAACUACCAUGUACCAAACCGUGAUCCCGGAAAUGAUCCAGCUGCUCCGUUCGGUGGGAGACAACACAGAGCUAGGGCCCAGACUCCUCUACUCUGCUACGGUUCCGACUAGUGUAAUGGUCUUCGAAGAUAUCACAAAACGAAACUAUGAAAUGAAAUACACUCAGCUGGACCUAGAUGAGGCCAAGAUAGUGUAUGCCAAACUAGCUCGAUGGCACGCUACCUCCAUGUACCUAUCCGAUAAGGUACCAAUCAUUUCGAAGCUGGACAAUAGCCUCGGAAAAUUGAUGGACAGCGAUUUUAGCGAGAUCUGGAUUGGACACAUCGCUACCUUGGCCAAGCUGUGCCGUGGAUGGCCUGGCUACGAAUCGUAUGGCGAACGUUUGGAUCACAUGAAAGGAUUCAUUCUAUCCAAACUUAAGGACAUCUAUGAAGUGAAGCCAUCCAACUUGUUCAAUGUGUUGAACCACGGUGACAUGCAUUCCAAGAACAUGAUGUUCAAAAUCGAAGAAGGUGUCACGAAGGACAUUCUACUGCUGGACUACCAAAUCAGCUCCUGGGGAACCCCUGCAAGCGAUAUCAUCUACUCGUUGUAUAAUACGUGCUCGAUAGAGACAAGAGAUAAUCACCGUGACGAGCUGAUCAAGUUUUACCACGAUGAGCUCACAGCCACAUUGAACAAAAUUGGUUAUCUGAAGAAGAUUCCUACGCUGCUAGAUGUGCACGUUGAAAUCGUUAAAUGCGGACACUUGGAAACAUUCCUGUGUUGCACGUUCCUCCCCUUCAUGAUACUGUCAUUCGAUGAGAUGAUGCCAGCAGCUGAAAACCCGGAAGAAGGCGUCGAACUUGACUUUGCCGACAAGGAAAAGAUGGGCGAAAUGAUGCUGAAGGUAUUCCAGCACCCGAAGUAUGUCUCUCUCAUCCAGCGGUAUUUGCCAGUAUUGCUCCACAAAGGAUACCUAGAUCAAUGAACAACUUUAUGUAGAAAAAGGGAGAUAUUAUGGUUGCAUAAUAUCAGAGACAUUUGUUGUUGAGUAUCGUUUUUGACAAAAAUAAAUCGGAUCAGUAUUCUUAAUUUUAA